GGUUGACAGUCAAUCGGUGGAUUGGAUUCGUAUUUUAUCGAACUCCUGCUUGUAUUGUUAUAAUUUUUAGUUUUUAAAGUUUUAAAAAAAAUUGUUUUUAAAUUUGGGAUCGGCUGUAACGAGCGACAGAUAUUUAAAUAUCAAUAAAACUCAAACAAAUGUAAACAGCAAAAUUCUUCAAAAAAAUUCACGACAUUCUUAAUCAAUAAUGGGAGACGGACAGAUAGAAAUCGAUGACUAUGAAAUGCUGAAAGCAUUAUAUGAUUUUGAAGCUACUCUAAGUAAGACCUUAAGUUUCUCUGAGGGAGAUUUUUUCUUUCUUCAACAACAUAAUACUAAGCAAAGAAACUGGUGGUAUGUCAUAAACAGAAAAGGUCUCGUUGGAUUUGUUCCUUCAAAUUAUGUGGCUUCAGUCAAGGUUGAGCCUGAAUUCUUUUUGGCAUUUAUUAAUGAUUGCAUUAAAAAUAUAAAUGAAAAUAAUGCAACAUCGCCUCAGAAACAAGAACUAUUAAGUAAAUUGAAUGAAAAGAAAAAGCAAAUACAACUGAUAGUGAAACCACAAAGCAAGAAACCACCCGCUCCGAAACCUCCACAGAGAUUAGAUGACAGUACACCUCCUAAUGGAGUAUCUCCCUCCUUUGAUUUGCGACCAGUAGUAUCACAACAACAAAUAUCAGAAGACAGGGAAUCUCAAUCUCCUCCCAAAUCCCUUAACAACAGCUCGAAAGACAUUGAUGAUGCAAGAAUGAAGGGUACAGUCACUAAGACAGGUUCUAACCAAUUGUCAUCUGAUACUGAUGACCAAGAUGAUAGUCAAGACAGCAGUAAGAGUAUUAAACCAAAUGCUAUAUAUGAGAUAGUGCAAGCUGUACGUAAAGAGACACAACUCAGCCAUGAGAUGUCCAAAGUUGCUGUUGAAACUGUUCUAAUUUCUUUGAGGGAAUUUCUUCCUGGUGGAGCUGCGAGGUCUAUUAUUGAUGCACUCCUUCGAGAAGCAAACAGCAACAUCACGUGUCCGAAGAAUGCUAUCGAUGCGGCACCAGACGCACUCAGAAUGAUGACUGCUCUAAACGCUCUCUCCAAAGCGGCCAAUGAUGCCCAGCAAAGAGGCUGGGCGUUGCAUGAUGAUGCUCAUGAUAUACAAACACAACUUUUGGAGCUAAUAUCUGUUAUGUCCAAUGCCGACGUGAAUAUCUCGCAGCAUGUACUCAGCAGUCACCGCUAUGCAUAUGUCACUACUCUGGUUCAGUACUACCAGAUGGAAACAAGAUGGCCUCUAAGACAGCUGCUAUUGCAGGCAUUCGGUGUCAUGUGCGGAUUAGAACGUACAGCGCUCGCUACUCUGGCACUGUCAGCCUUACCAGCGGAGAUAGCUCGAGAUAUGCGCGACAACCCUCGCGCUGUCAGCCGCCUGUCACAUUCCGCUCUACUGCUCUCUAUGGUCUUGUCUAUGGGCGAUAAACUGCCAGUCACACAUUUCGAACAACUAGGCGUAGAAUUCGCCCAAUUUCUUCUAGAACUUAUUGAAGACCCACCAGAAACAGAUGUCGAUGAACAAAUUCCUGACUUAUUUUUGACUCUCUUGCUGGCCUACAAUUUGCAAUUCGAAAAUCCAGUCGAUAAUCUCCUACUUAAUGCUUUAGAAACCAGAGACAAUGCCAAAACAUUUUGUGAGAAGAUCCUUUUAAUUCUUAAUCGUGAAGAAGAUCCAGUGCACCUAUUCGACCACGAGCCCGCGCCGCCACACUCCGUGCUCAAACUGGUCAUAGAUCUAUUUAGCCGCAAGAAGACUGCUGACCACUUCUAUACUAAUGAUGUCAAUGUGGCUAUAGAUAUCAUUGUUAGACAACUAGCUGACUUAUCGCCUGGAGAUACGCGCCGCCAACAAUACCUCAGGAUCCUUCAGGGCAUCAUACGUAAUACUGACUACGGAGCUCAUCUGCACCGUCGUCAAGAUCUCCUUCGGUGCUUCGCGCGUAUCUUUUGUGAGGAGGUGGAGGCUAGCCGCGACGACCAGGCCCUCGUCCGCGCUAUAUCCAACGAGUUCCCGCAGUACUUCAAGGCCUAAGGUUUGAACGCCAUGUAUAGAUGUAAUCUAUGAAAUGAAAUCUCUAUGGUGCAUUGUCGUAGAGAUAUUACGUCGCCAUACGCAGUUUUAGUCUGGUAGUAGGUAUGUACCUAAUUGGCUGUGUCGAUGCUGAUUCGCCUCGCGUUAAUGUUCAGCGUACGUACCAUGAGUUUUCGAUUGGUUUUUUAUGAGAUGAAAAUAAUACUUUACAAGGACAGUUUUAAUCCCGAUCGUAUAGUUAGGAACUACAAGAUAUCGAUGAACUCAUGGUAGGCGCACAGAAGUAUGUUAUGCAUGUAAUGUCGUGUGAUGUGUGCAGAAAGAUCUCGGUUUAUCAUUCAAAAAAUAUAAAUUUCCGUAUAUGUCAAACUUUGAUUGUAUCCAAUGAAACUGAUUUAAAACUAUAUUUGCUUAUGACUAUAUUCUAUUUUUUCUGUAUUACUACAUAGGGAUAAGUAUUCGCACAAUUCGAAGCAUUUAUUCUGGUAUUUCUAAAAUUUUCGAUAUUAGAGCUGUAGACAACGAAUUAUUCUGUCUGUUUCAAUAUAAGAGUAAUGAAAAAUCCUUUUAAUCGAUUAAGUAUUUAAGAGAUAUUUAUUUUUUUACUUUUUUUUGUGUUAAUGAUUAUCCAGUAAUAUUGGAAAUAUUGUAUUAUAAAAAUUUAAUUCUCAUACUUAUGGAUUAUUACUUAUGAAUAAGUUGCAUAUGUGUGCCAUUUAUAUUACCCCACCAAAGAUUAUAAUAUAGUUUCAAUUCUUCUCAAGUCUUAGUCAAAAAUCCUGUAGUCAAUUAUUAUAUAAUGUUCUAAAUAAUUAUCCCAUCUCUUGUUUUUUAUAUAGUUUAUAUAUAAAUUCGGUGACAUUAAUCCUAAAUAAUUGGGCCUAAUUUUAAUUUUUUUUAGAUCUAUAAAAUUUGAGAUUAAGAUUCUAGAAAUAAAUAUUCAAAUUCUAAAAUAUAAAGUAUAAAAAAAAUGAACUUACAAAUUAAUAGAUAAUGAAAAUAUGUCGGUAUUUUUUGUCAACAUACAUUAAAAUAGAUAACUUACUUGUUACUAGCUAUAUGACAACAACAAAUGUGUAUCCAUUAUAUAGAAUUCGAUAGCUGAUUAUUCUGAAUAUAUUAAUAAAAACUAAGUCUACAAUACAAAUAUAUCCCAUGUUAUAUUAUUGUGUACUUACUACAAAUACAGAGGUAAUAUUUUUGCAAGUUAAAUUAGGAUUCACACCAAAAAUAGUCAUUUACAUGUUACAUAGGCAUAUCCAAUGCACAGAUUUUGAAUUUAUAUUUCCAUAUUACUCGUAAGUUGUUUAUGAUAGUAUUAAAAUGUAAUCAAUUUUAAUUUUAAAUUCAUCAUAUUGAUUUAUGGCUUUAAAUAACUUUUAAGUAUUAUGCGCUUUUUUACUGCUAUUAAAAUGGGUUGUCUAAAAUACUAAACACUGAGGACAAUUCUUAAUAAAGUAUCCAGUUUUGAAUGUUUGUCGACUUCCAUUCCUGUGGGAAUUUAUUUCUAUGCUUGUUACAUAAAGAAAUUCUAGGCAAAAUUGUAUGCCUCUGAACCCACCAGUUAAGGCUGCUAAUUGUUUAUCCGUUAAUAUUUUCCAUACUUUUGGGAUUUAUUUUUAAUACAGAAGUAUUACAGCAUUUAUAUUCAUUAUGGGUCUUUUUUCAUUUCAUUUAGCUACAUACAUAGAUUUUUACUAAUUUAUAUUUAAAACAGUAUUACAUUUCGAUAAAUUCGAAAACUUCCAAUUACAUUUAAUCAUUAUGUAUAUAAUUGCUUAUACAGUUAUAUUAGAAGACCUUGAUGGCGUAGCGGUUUAACACACUGUCUCAGUAUCCACUGAUUGCAAAUUUGAUCUCUGCACAAUAUUUGUAUUCCAGAGUCUAUCUGCUUACAUUGAUCUGUUCAUUUUUUAAAUAUGUAUUUAAUAAGAAGUGGGCUGAUUUUCUAUCAGAUCUCUCUCAUAUAUUUGCAUUGUUGUAUUUUGUUGCUUAAUUAAAAAAAAAUCCUUAAAAUUGAGUUGUUGGUGAACAAUAAUAUGUAUUGUGAUUGUCCCUAUCAAUAUAUAGAUUUGAGGCAUGUUUGAUGAUUUAAAUAUAUUUGCCUAGAAAUUUUAAUUGAUCUGUAACUGUGAUUAUUGUAAAUUUGGAAAAAAUUUAGAUCAACAGUAGUACAAGUUCAUGUUCUAAUAUUGUCUACUUAUUGACCAAAGUUUCAGGGUCUAUGUUGUAAUGAUUAGUUAUAUAUUAAUGCUAAAUGAUAUAGCAUGUUAAAAAUAGCACGUUAAAUUCUAUCACAGAUAAUAAUUAUAAUUGUUAACAUAAUUUCUUAAAACGACUAUAGCAUGGGCACUAUAUUGAGUUAUCCAAAAAUAAAAACGUUCUUCAUAAUAUGAAAUAUUAUUAAAAUUUCUAUAAAUUUAUUGUUAUUUAAAAUAUUAUGUUAUUAUUCUUAAUUGUAACUUUGUGAUUUAUUUAUACUUAAAUUUUUAAUGUUUUCAUUGCUUAUAUUUUAUUAUUUAUAUCCACGCCUUGUCAUUACAUUGUAAAAAAUAAAAAUGUACUUAUUAAAAUUGUUAUAGGUACUUCAUAUUUUAAAAUGCAUUUCCAAUAUUUACAAGUUUAUGGAGAAAUUAAAUAUUUACAAUGUUGCGCCUAAUUUAAUAUUAUGUAGAUAAUAAUAGCAAUCGCCCUCAAUUAACUUUUGGAAUGUGCUCAACAUUGCAGCCAAAUUUUUGUAGUUACAUACUAAAAUGUGGUAUUUUAUUGUACUAAUUAUACUUUAAAAGCGUUUACACGUCGGUCUUUUGCAUUUCAUUUGAGACAUUUAUGGUCUUUUAACUAUUAUUGAUAUAUAAUUUUUCACAAUAAACGCAGUACUAUAUAAAUGUAUGUACAUACAUGUACGUACAUGUGAUGGUAUGGUGGUUGUCCAUAAUCAGGGUCUAAAAAACGGUUCUGCUUCAAACAAAACAUUCUUUGAGUUAUGCCGUCAUUUACUUAUUCUAUUAAAGCAUUUAAUGCCUCAUGCAAACAGGACUUUCCUUAAUCAGUACUUUUAAAAAAAGGUACUACAAUUAUUUAUCCUCAUUUAUUGAUAUAAUAAAGAAAACGUUUUAGUAUAAAACUUAUAUAAUUCAAAAUACAUUAUGUGAUAUAGGUGCAAAAAACCAAAUUUGAAGUUUCUACUCCCCUGAUUACGGUUGACUGUACCAUCGCCAUUUCACUGAAUCUAUACGCGAAGCAUAGAUUUUAUGAAUGUGUAAUAAUUUGAAGUUCUACUUCUUGUUUGCAACUCUUAAAUCUUAUAAUUCAAGGAUCGAUGUUAUAAUAAAUCUACUUGUAUCUUUUUAGCUUUUCUUGCGCAAACCACUUGCUGUAUGAUACAAUAUAGGAAGGUUGUCAUAUAUAUGUAUGAAAAAUAAAAGUGUUCUAUCAUU